AUGGAUACUGAGGAGUCUCCGAGCCCUGUCGAGGAGGAGAAGGAGAAGCUUCUACCUCCUGGGACCCCCAAAUACAGCACCAAAGAUGUGCUCGGUACGCCCCCUUCACCCCUUCCUGAGAAAGAUCAGAUGCACGGGACCCCCAAUACAGCACCAAGGACGUACUCGGUACACCCCCUUCACCCCUCCCUGAGAAAGAUCAGAUCAGGUGUGCGGGACCCCAAAUACAGCACCAAGGACGUGCUCGAUCCAGCGGUUCUGAACAGGCUGAUGCUGGAGGAUUCUCAUCAGCUCAUGCGGUUCGAGAUCUGCCCCCUGCGCUGCUCCGUCAUCACAGACCAGGACCGCAGACGCAACCGCCUCAAGAACCGCUGUGCCUACUACCCCCCGCUCAACAUGUGGGCACACUGGGUCCUGGAGAGUGAGAUAUUUGUAAACACCAUUCUCUUCCUGAUCAUACUCAACACCAUCGUGCUGGGCGUCCAAGCAGAGGUGUUUGACAACAUGGACCCCAGCAUGGACAUGCUGAAGCUGGCCCUGGACGUGCUGGACUGGAGCAUCCUGGACAUCUUCCUGAUAGAGAUCCUGCUCAAGUGGAUCGACAACUUCGUCAGCUUCUGGAAGAGCACCUGGAACAUCUUUGACUUCGUUGUGACUGUGUUGUCCAUUCUCCCUGAGCUGAUGAAAGCCCAGGAAGGGUUAAAUUCCUCAAACCUGGAUUUUGUGAAGCUUAUCCGGAUAUUCCGCAUCCUCCGAUCCUUGAAAAUGGUCUCCAAAUUCCGGCAAGUGAGGAUCAUUGUGCUGGCCAUCUCCAAAGCAUUUAAGUCUUCACCUAUAUCUUUGCUGUGGCUGGAGUCAUAUUCUUCCAGAGCUAUACUCGCUCUGACCGGCCAGACCUCAUCUACAACAAGAACUUCAAUGAACAACUUCCAGAUGAUCCGGAACGACCUGUCCAAGGAGGUGAAGCAGAUUGAGACCCAGCAGAGAGCCGAUCUGUUCAAGGCCGAGAUCAUCAACAGGAGGAUGAGUCAGAUGAAACUCACAGAUGGCCCCGCCCAGGACCCUCCACCAGAGGGCAGCAGUGAGAAGCCUAGCUCAGAACAGACCCCCACAGAACUCCCGGUCCACACAGUGAAACCCACUGCCAGUGCCACAGACUGGAAUGCCUAUGUGGAGGAUAACCUGAGUGUGAUGCGUGACCAGGAGGAGGAUGAGAAGGUGACGUGGCCCCGAGACUCCCUCUUCAGGUACUUUGAGCUGCUGGAGAAACUGCAGUACAACCUGGAGACGUGCAAGAGGCUGCAGAACAUGGCAGCUCAGGCUCUGAUGAAUUUCCACACCUACUAAGAAAGACUUCACUGUGUGUGUGCCUAUCUACCAGCAUCAGAGAAAC